GCGCAGUUGCUUAUUAUAAUAUUUUUGUCAAAAUUUGCCAAGAUUUAUCCCCUUUGGCACCUCUUACUCGACCAGCUGAGCUAGACCCAACGACGAAUCUAACUUAUUGUAUUUGAAAAGAGACUAGGCAAAUGCAUGGUUGGCAACUGGCAACCGCCAUCGUUCUUCGGCCUCAUCAUGAGAAACCCUCCUCGUUGCUCUGUGUCGUCGCUCGAUUUGUCUUUGGCCUUCAAAUCCACAGCGACGACAACCGAGCGGGCGUCGGGGGGAGAAGGAUUAUCGGCGUCUUCCUGCAGAUUGUAUGAGUGCAACUACUGCCACCGGAACUUCUACAGCUCACAGGCGCUCGGGGGACACCAGAACGCUCAUAAGAGGGAACGCUUCGUCGCCAAACGAGCAAUGAGUAGAGCAGCCGUUUUGCUCUCCUCCCUGCGCAGGUCUAACAAUGACAGUAAUAGUAAUGCCGCCUCCGCCUUCCGGCAAAUGAUGAUGAGGCAGCGGCAGCGGCAGAGGGCGGGGCUUGUUUUCGGUCCCGGGAAUUGGAAUCACUUGAAAAACGAUGCUGCGAAUUGUUCAGAAAUGAGAACACCAUUUGGGAGCAAGGGUGAUGAUGACGAGGACGACGACGACCAGUGUGUGCCGCCUGAUCUCACACUCAGGCUUUAAUUUAAUUAACAACAAAAGUUAAUUAAUUUACCAGUUUUAG